CACCAUCCGCUAUGAAAUUCUGUCAGGCGCAACCAAUCUGCCAAAAGCAAUUGAAUUUCCCACCUAUUUUCAAGAUAUAGAAGCAGGCACCAUCGACCUCAGAGUAAUUCAGAGUCCCCUUUGCAACGGUUUUAUCACUUCACAUAAAUCAUGCAUUUCAAAUCCUCCGUCGUCGUUGCUGCUUUGACAGUAUGUAUGUCUGUCAUUUCACAGAUUGAUGGGACCAGUGGAUGCAAUGUCCAAUACUGGCCCUGCACAGUGGACACUGAUUGCUGUAGCUCUCAUUGUAAUUUGAGACGAAUUGCUCACCGAUGGGUUGGCAGCUUGUCAGUGACAAUGAGCAUAUCUAGACAUUCGUCGCUGACCUGUUCAAUCAUCAAUGUGAUUGUUGUUCCUGGAGUAUGGACAAAUUCCUUGCUUCAUGAGCGAUGACGGUACCUUUGAAUUAUUUGAUCACUCAAUAUCGAC